AUGCAAAGCCAUAUGCUGCGAAACUCUCUCUCCUGCAUUUCGUCGCUGGCGUACGUCGUCAGCAGAAUACUGAAGAAGAAAAGCAUGAAAGUGAGGAUGGCCCAAACGAUGGAGGAUUCUUUCAAUCCAUGGAGGAGCCCCUUCAAAAAUAUGUCCACUUCCCAGGAGGCUCUGCUCAGCCGGAGGACCCUCAGAAGCUUGAACAGCUUCAGCGUGCGGAGGACUGUCAAAUCGGUCUCGGCGAUCUUGCCCCAGGAAGGCAAGAUGAUAAGAUCUACAAGGGAACCCAGCACACACAGCGAAUCGACGAUAUUCCAUUGA